AUGGCCCUCCGCACCCUCACCCCCAAAGCGGCAGCCGCCCUCGACGAACAACUCAUGUCCACAGGCGCCUUCACAAUCGACCAAUUAAUGGAACUAGCCGGCCUCGCAGUAGCCCAAUGUCUCUACAAACUCUCCCCUCCCACCGCCUCUUCCUCGAAAAUCCUCAUCGCCUGCGGCCCCGGCAACAACGGCGGCGAUGGUCUAGUCGCUGCGAGGCAUUUACGGUAUUUCGGAUAUAAGCCGAGUGUGUAUUACCCUAAACAAGGCAAGGCGGAAAUUUAUGGGCGGUUACGAACGCAGUUGGAACAGUUACGGGUCCCGUUUGUGGAUGAUUUCCAUGGGGGUUUAGGGGGGACGGAUUAUGUCAUCGAUGCGAUUUUUGGAUUCUCGUUUAGUGGGGAGGUUAGGGAACCUUUUCCAAGGGUCAUCCAGGCUCUGGCGGAGUCGAAGAUUCCAGUCCUAGCGGUCGAUGCGCCGAGUAGUUGGAACAUCGAGACGGGGCCGCCGGGGGAGGGGCCGGGGAAGGGGUAUAUGCCGAGUGCGUUGAUUAGUUUGACGGCGCCGAAGCCGUUGGUGAGGUGGUUUAGGGGAAGGCAUUUUGUGGGUGGGAGGUUUGUGGGGGAGGAGGUUGCGGGGAGGUUUGGGUUUGAUGUGCCGCCUUAUGAGGGGUGUGAGGGGAUUGUGGAGGUUGAGGGGGGUGGGGAGGGGAAGUUGUGA